UUUAUCGAUUCAGAGGAUGAAGGAACACGGGGUAUUCAACUGAUUAACUAUCUCCUAAAGUUAGAUUUUCAUUUCUCCCGCGAGCACAUGCGUCGGCCUCCCUUCUCUUCUUCCUCACUCGGCCUACCUUGGUGGCGUGGGGCACCACACAGCUGGACGCACGGGAAACCGGCCUACCUUGGUGGCGUGGCGCCGCGCGGCAUCCGGAACGACGAGGCGCCGAGGGAGGAAGAAGAGAAGGGAGGCCGACGCAUGUGCUCGCGGGAGAGGCGGCGUUGGUGUUAUGGGCCUACUUGGGCCCUCGAGUUCUGUCGUAUGGCCUGCUAGAUAUUCUGUGAGAUGGCUGGCCCCUUGGACGGCGCAGAUCGCUUGACUGCUCAGCCUGGUCGACGUUAGAGGAUUUGAUACCCCUCGCCACCGCCACCGCCACCGCCGGUGUCGUCUAUCCUGACCCCGACACCUCGCCGCCCGGUGCCACCUCACCGCCGGAUUCACAUCGCCCAGUCGCCCCACCAGCCAGAACCUCGUCGCCUCGCCCGCCUUGCUCCGCAGGUUAGGCAGCCAGUACCCCCAAACCCUAGCAUCCUCGGCGCUGUCGGUCGUAGAAGAGCACUGGGGGCGUGAGAGAGGGAGUCACCAGCCCUCGAGACCUCCUCCCGCUUCUACCACUCAGCCGACGCUCCCAAAAGGGGCAUCUCAAAUCCCACCUCACUCCCUUCUCAGUACAAAAUGGAACCCUCUAUCUGGUUUUUUAAGGCCCCGGGAGGAGAAGCAAGGCUGAAAUGCCAGUGGUCUCUUCUCCAUUUCACCUGAUCCGGUAAUGUUUAAUGCCAGCGAUCUCUUCUCCAUUUCCUUCAGAGUUUCGUUUGAUUUGUUUGUGCAUAGAUGAAUAUUGUAAGGCCUGCAUAAUAUCAUGCAACGGAUGCACAAAAAGAACUGCUAGACUUGUCGUUUCUGUGUGUUACUUCUAUUAGCUCGAAUUUUGUUCACAUGUUCCACUUGCUGAGUUGACAGUAAAUGAUGUAAGUAUCAUCAGAGCAGAUUUGAUUUUUUUGAUGACAAGUUUUGAAGCGCUUGCUGUGUUAUGUUUAACACAUGGAAAAUGAAUUAUUGCUCUGGAAGCAGUUAUUGGUCUGUGCACCAUAUAGUCUUACAACCUUUAUCGAAAUGCCAUAUGAGCUUUAAAUUGGCAUGGCUUAAUAUUGCUUGCAGAGAUUGAAUCAUCAGCUUGUUCCUGGGCCAAAUUUCAACAACUAAUUGUGGAGUUGAUAUAGCUGUUUGGGAUCCUUUUUAGGAUAAAAGAAUCGUAGCCACACUGCCUGAUGCUCAGAUUUGUGAUGUUCAUUAUUUUAAAAACAACUUAAUUAGACCCUUUAUUUGUAUGGUUGAUGUUUGCUAUAUGCAACUGAACUUCCUUGUCCACUUAGUUUUUGUGUUAUGAAUGCUAGCGUCACUGUUACUAAUGAUCCAUUUUAUCAUUUCUCCAACUUCUAGAAUACUGAACUGUGUUUUUUGCUUGAGAUAAAUUCAUUCAUUAUCUUAUACAGGACCUCUGAGAUGUCGAUAUGAAUGGAGACCUGUAACUUGUAUAUAUAUUAGGGCUUAGUUUUCUUGUUUCAGUAUCUGUUUGGAGUUAGAAGCAAGGGUUCUCAUGGCAUCUCCACAAGAAUCCAAUUCUCUGUGCUUGAAGCGAAAGCUUGUUGAUGACUGCCUGUCAAAAGACUGCAAAUCUCGCCGUGUCAAAUCUGAGAAUGAGCCCUCAUCUGAUUCAUUUGCUAAACGCUGCAACUGUUGCUGCACUCGACCUAAUCUUGCCAAUGAUUGUGUGAAUUUCCUGAAGAGUGGAGCGCCAAACCGUGUCAUGUAUUACAAAAAAGGUUCGUGGCACAAUUUUCCAGAGCAAAUAAUGAAUUCCCUCAUCGAUGAAUUUAAAGGAAAUAAAUCAAGUGUUGUCUCUGUGAUGGAUGAUGAACCAAUCCUUGUUGAUUUCUUAUCAAUGACCCUGGUCAACCUGAAAACCAGAAAGCAGCGGUCUGUUGCCUGGUUUGAUGACACUGGCAAGCGUUUCUUUCCUUCUCUGUUCUUUGAUGAGGAAAGUGAUGAAAUGCCCAAACAGGAUUCUGGCAAUGUUAAUAACACUGCACAAGGAAUAAUGUUAGAUAAGGUCACGAGUUCUCCACCUGAAGUGGUCAAGCAAGUUGUUCUUGAAUCUAGUCCACCAGUCCCUCAAAAACCUUCAACUGUGGAUGUCUUGCGCAAGAAGAUCACAUCUGUGGAAAGAGGUAGCGAAGGGUUUCUAUUUGUCCAGGACCUUUUUCUCUCUGGUAUGAACCCGUUUGCAACACCAAAUAACAUACUUCAUGUCCACCGCUACUCUCCAAACGAUAUCACCGCACAAUGUAGAUUUGAAGCUUUUGAAAGACAGAUGAAGUCAACUAAAGAAGCACGUGGUGAUGCAAAUGUUAAGUAUGGCUGGCUAGGAUCUAGGAAGAGUGACAUAGUUAGGAUUCUCAUUAAUGGUUUGGGUACUACUGCAAAUCCUGUUGAGAAAGCUGGUUUGAGUGCUGGUGUAUAUCUUUCACCUGAAAAUCGAGCCUUUACCAGUGUCGGUCUUUGUGAUGUUGACGAAAAAGGAGUGCAGUAUAUGUUGCUGUGCCGUAUGAUAUUGGGCAAUGUAGAAGCUGUUGAACCUGGAUCCCAAGAGUCUUUUCCAAGCAGUGAGAUAUAUGAUUCUGGUGUUGAUGAUUGUUCAAACCCCAAGUGUUAUGUGAUGUGGCCAUCACAUCUAAGCACUCACAUCCGUUUAGAAUAUCUUGUUAGUUUCAAGCUUGCCCCAAAAGUUCGAAAUUAUUUGCUUGACCUGAAAGGUUUAUGGUUUAAUCCAUCACUAAAAGAACUUGGCACGGACAUUUGUACACUUCAACCUGUAAUGUGUGAAACAGGUGAAGGACCAACUUCCCCAUGGAUAUCAUUCAGAGUUCUGUUUGCAGUUAUUCAAGACAAUAUAUCAUCUGUGGCAAGGGAGUUAAUCUUCCAUCAUUAUGAAGAGCUGAAGGAAAGCAUAAUUACCCGUGAAGAAAUGGUGAAGAAAAUGAUAAUUGUAGUUGGAGAGAAAGUACUUUUGGAGGCCUUGAAGAAGCUUCAUUACUGUCCAUCAUUAUGGUACAGGCCUUCUGUUGAAGCAGUGUCUAGUGAUUCUGUAAUGGCAGCACCAGGAAAAUUAUCCUUGGAUAAGGCAGGUGGAGUUUUUUCAUUAACUCUUAGUGUUAACCAUGUUGAUUCACAUGCACCAAAUGGUGUGUCUGAACAAUCCACAGUUCUUAGCACCAAAGGAUGUGAAACCCUUGCAGCGGAUAUGGUGCCCAAUGGUCAAGAUUGUCCGGCACCAAGUGGUGUGCCAGAAACAUCUAGUUCUGCUGUUGCCAUGCGUGGGGCUUCUACAAGUGUGGAACCCAAGCGCAGAGAUCCUCCUGUACAGAUUGUGCCACCUGGAAGCUCUGCAACCCCAUGUGCCAAAAAUCAAGAUUCUUUUGUAGGAAGAGUGACACCUAUAGCUCGUGAUGGGCUUUUGAGGACAAUUUGUGGAAGCUCUUCAUCUCCUGGCGGUUAUGCUUCUCUAGCGCAAGCUAAUACCUCCCAAACCAAUGGAGUUUCUGCCCCAGGUGUCACUCCUAGGGGCUAUGAAUCUGCUGUACCAAGCUUGUCACUUGGAAAUUCCGAAAGUACAGGCGUGAAACAAGUAAAUUCUGCACCAAGAAUGACACCUGAAGGCCAGAAGUUCCUUUCGCUGGGUAUUGCGCCACGAAGCCCAGCACUGCGUGAUUUAGUAAAAUGCCAGGCCAGUUCGACACUCGUUGCCAUGCCUCCAGCGGGCCUGGGAAAAUCACGGUCCAUGAAGAUCGAGGGCCAUGAUUCUCUGGCACCGAGUGUGAAGGAGCCAAAAGGCAAUGGUGGUCUAGCACCAAGUAAAACGCCAAAGCUGCAUGAACCUGUGAUAGCUGAUAUGAGCAUCAAGAGCUGUGAUUCUCUAGCACUGGGUAUCGCACCAAAUGGCCAUACCCAUGAUGGUCCAGCAUCAGGAAGUGGGGAGGCCAAGAAAGAGCAGGCAGCACUAGUAACUGGCUCGCAGAGUAAAUCAUCUGUACCAAGUCUUGACGCUAGCAGCCAUGUUACCGGGGCAGCGAGCGCCCUUGUCGCACUAUCAACUCUGCGGGAGAAGGGCGGGCGUUAGAGGAGCAGCAGCAGCAGCAGUGUAGUUCCCGUUGGAUCAGAUCCUUUUUCUCUACUGUACAUGUUUCUAUGUACAGGAAUCAUCCCCGUCGACUCUGAUCCCCAGUGCGUACGGUUGCUGUUGGUGGCCAGUCCCCUAUAUGUUGCUUGGCAGCAAAUGUUUUGGUUAAUAAUUAGUUUUUAUAAAAGGAAUAUUCACCCUUGUUAUGUUCUCUACAUGUAAAUUAUCUGAGGUAUACUUGCAUUAUUAUGAGUGCUAUAAUCUUUUCUUUUACUACAUGCUCUAAACUGUAUCGUGUAUUCAAUAAUAAAAUGUUAAUUUACUCCCUCCA